AUGGAGGACAAGGCGUCAUUAAAAGAACUGGAUCAAUGGAUAGAACAGCUAAAUGAAUGCAAGCAAUUGACAGAAAACCAAGUGAAAACGUUAUGCGAUAAGGCAAAAGAGAUUCUAACAAAAGAAUCCAAUGUGCAAGAAGUGAAUUGCCCAGUGACCGUGUGUGGAGAUGUCCACGGUCAGUUCCACGAUCUCAUGGAGCUGUUCCGCAUUGGUGGACGCUCCCCCGACACCAACUACCUGUUUAUGGGCGAUUACGUGGAUCGUGGAUACUACAGUGUUGAGACUGUCACAUUGCUUGUUGCCUUAAAGGUCAGGUACCGCGAGAGAAUAACAAUCCUUCGUGGCAACCACGAGUCCCGUCAGAUUACUCAAGUGUACGGAUUCUAUGACGAAUGCCUUCGCAAAUACGGAAAUGCGUCCGUUUGGAAACACUUCACCGAUUUAUUCGAUUUUCUGCCACUUACGGCGUUAGUGGACGGACAGAUAUUCUGUCUUCACGGAGGUCUCAGUCCCUCAAUUGAUACAUUGGAUCACAUUCGCGCCCUCGAUCGCGUACAGGAGGUGCCCCAUGAAGGACCCAUGUGCGAUCUCCUAUGGAGUGACCCUGAUGAUAGAGGCGGAUGGGGAAUAUCCCCCCGUGGCGCGGGCUACACGUUCGGUCAAGAUAUCUCCGAGACGUUCAACCACAGCAAUGGGCUGACGCUGGUGUCCCGCGCUCACCAGCUCGUCAUGGAGGGAUACAAUUGGUGCCACGAUCGCAAUGUUGUCACCAUAUUCUCGGCGCCGAACUAUUGCUACAGGUGCGGGAACCAAGCCGCCAUAAUGGAAUUGGAUGAUGCGCUUAAGUACUCGUUCCUGCAAUUCGAUCCGGCCCCGAGACGCGGCGAGCCUCAUGUCACGAGGCGGACGCCUGAUUAUUUUAUGUAG